AUCUCCUUCAGUUUCCAGUUGCUUUCCUUUUCUCAACCUUUGGUUUCCGAUCUUCUCAUCUUUCUCAUUUUUCUCUGCCAAAUCAUCUGUGCAAAUUUCUUGCGUUUAAAACCCUUUGGAAAAAUAAAUAGUUGUUGCAUCCUCCGUUUAAAAUCUCUGGGUCACUGUGCUCUUCGUUCCUCGAAAAAGAGAUAAUAAAUGCACGCUGAUGGAAAUAUAUAGGUUGUAUGAUUUGCUUCUGUGUUUUGUUUCAGGUCACUGUGCUCUUCGUUCCUCGAAAAAGAGAUAAUAAAUGCACGGUGCUGUCUUGAGGAUUUCUGGCUGGAGUUCUUGCUUCCUUUUGUCAGAUUAAAUGGAAAACGAAGGUCCAACUCCGCUUGAUCAAUUGGCGGCAUAUAAAAAGAUUGUCAGAAUUAAAGUACGUGUUUGUAGGAUAUGGAGACCAAAAUACCCAGGCAUGGGCGACAAAUAUACAGGCUUGCACUGUAUAUUGGUUGAUGAGAAGCAACAAGCUAUCGAAGCAUCUUCUACUGAAAUGGACUAUGAAAUAAUAGUUCCAAAGAUUGAAGCAGGCACUUGCUAUGAGAUCAUGAAUUUCCGUACUAACUAUGCAAGGGCUCAGUAUAGAGUUGUUCCACAUGAGACCCAAAUCAUUUUCAUUUCGAAGACGGUUUUUAAGAAGUUGGCAAGUGUCUUUCCGCCUAUUCCACGACACAGAUUUUUCUUGCAGGAUUAUAACAAAUUAUAUCCUCGGUUAAACAAAUGUGAUAUCUUGACAGAUGUUAUUGGCCACCUCAUUUCAGUCCAGCCUGUAGAACCAAUACAGAUCAAUCAGAGAAUUGAGGACAAAUGUGAUUUGGUUAUACAAAACAUCAGAAAUGAAGAAGCUAAGAUCACACUAUGGUCAGAUGUUGCACAUGCCUUUUCUGCUUUCUCAUUAGAACAACUACACCAACCAAUCAUUAUUGUUUUUACAAGCUUGAAGGUUAAACUGUUUGGAGAUAGCAUCAUCUUGAACAACACUGGUUCAACACUUUUCUUUAUAGAUCCAGACAUUCCAGAAUUGAAUACAUACAAAUCAGUGUUUUCAACCUGGCCUCAUCCCAUUAAAACACUGCCUCCUUCCAAGCAAGCCAAUGAGCAAGACAUUUUCCAAACUGGGAAAAAGAUGACACUUGAGGAGUUAGGAUAUUUGGAUCCUGACUUAUAUAAGAAUGAUACAUUUUUGUGCAAAGCAUCGAUUAAGCGAUACAAUACGAAAUAUGAAUGGUGGUACACGGCUUGCCCUACGUGCGCAAAACAAAUGCAUCAAGAUCCAACAAGUGGUCAACUUAUUUACCAAAAGCAUUCAAAUCAGAUUCCCACUCCAUGGUACAAAGUGUUCUUAGUUCUUGAAGAUGAGACAGACGAGAUCAGUGCUCUUAUCAUUGGCAGAUCAGGUGAAAAAGUUUUUGGCGUACCCUGUAAAGAUUUGGUUUUCAAUCAGAGAUCAGUGGAUCAAAAACAGCUGCCAAGUGAGUUUCUUAGACUUAUAGGGCAGAAAAAAAUUUAUCACCUUCGAUUUGGAAGCAGAAGAAAUUCAUUGAACUCGAAUGAUCUUCUCAUCUAUAACAUUUCUGAGGAGCUCACCAUUCAACCAACAACUCCACAAUCUCUAAGUAAACAAGUUACAGUCUCUUCUACAGCAGUUUCAUCUUCAAGCACACCUGUUGACAUAGUUACUGAUUCACAUGUUGACAUAAUUGCUGGUUCACAUAAAAGAAAAAGAGAAUCAAUUAGAAGAGCCCUUUUUGUACCGUUUAAAACAAGUCAAGCAGAAGAAAUAUGUGAAACAGAUGUGCAAGAUCAGGACCAGAUUCCAAUCAAAUUGUUCAAAAGAAAAUCGUCACCAACCAGCUCAUAGACAGACUUUGCUCCAUACAAAAAAAACUAGUGACUGCUUCAACCAAAAGCCAAAAACUUUUGCUCAUGUCUUAAAGAAUGUUGGCAUCUGUAAUCCAAAACAAACAAGUAUCAGUUGACAAUUUUGUGUGUGUAAAUAGUAGAUCCUCACAUCAAUUCCCCAUACUUUUUGUGUAUAUAAACAGUGUGCUCUUUUACAAUAUUUUUUGUUCAAGUAGUCAUGCCAGUGAAGCACUAACUGUCAAAGGGGAAUGCGAGGUAAAUCAUUUUUUGUAUGCUGAUGAUAAGGCAUUUGAUAAUGUCUUUUCUGUAAAUUAUAUGUACUUAGACAACUUUGUAAAAAUAUUUUGUCCAUUUUGUGUUUGAUAUUUAUAACUCUUUGCAUA